CUAUUGGAACAUUUGACAUGCGUCCGCGGAUGGUACGUUUUCCAAGAUGGCUGGUGUAGGUCCAAUUGUAAGGUGGAGAAAAGUGUCAGCUGCCACUGGGAAUGUCCCUAGAUCUAGACAUGGACACAAGGCAGUUGCUAUUAAGGAUUUAAUAGUAGUUUUCGGUGGCGGGAAUGAGGGAAUAGUGGAUGAGCUGCACGUGUUUAACACGACAACUUGUCAGUGGUUCCUACCUGCUGUUCAUGGUGAUAUCCCACAAGGAUGUGCUGCUUUUGGUAUGCUAGUGGAAAAUACGCGUGUUCUAUUGUUUGGUGGCAUGUUGGAAUAUGGGAAAUAUUCUGGGGACUUAUAUGAACUUCAGGCUUCUCGUUGGGAGUGGAAACGAUUAAAGCCCAAACCUGCUAAACACGGCCCUUGCCCCUGUCCAAGAAUAGGCCACAGCUUUACACUCGUAGGCCAGCGUGCAUUUUUGUUCGGAGGGAUUACAAAUGACAGUGAUGACCCAAAGAAUAACAUUCCAAGGUAUUUGAAUGAUUUGUACACUUUGGAGCUAAAGCCCAAUGCAAGUACUAUGAGCUGGGAUAUUCCGAAUACAUAUGGUCAACCACCCACACCUAGAGAGUCACAUAGCGCGGUAGCUUAUCAGGUCCUUGAUGGUAUGGUGAAAAAGUGGCGUCUUCUAGUAUAUGGUGGUAUGUCUGGUAAUCGGUUAGGGGAUCUUUGGCAGUUGGAAGUUGAUACAAUGACAUGGAUUAAACCUGUUAUCGGUGGAGAUCCUCCAGCUCCUCGCAGUCUCCACAGUGCGACAGUAAUUGGAAAUCGUAUGUUUGUAUUCGGUGGUUGGGUUCCUUUGGUCAUGGAAGAUAUGAAAAUGGCAGCUCAAGAAAAGGAAUGGAAGUGUACAAAUACUUUGGCCAGCCUUAACCUUGAUACAAUGACUUGGGAACCGUUGACAAUGGAAGUUGCUGAUGAAUGCCUUUUGCCUCGUGCACGUGCUGGCCACUGUGCUGUAGCAGUUCAUAGCCGGUUGUACAUAUGGUCAGGUCGUGAUGGUUAUAGAAAGGCGUGGAAUAAUCAAGUGUGCUUUAAAGACCUAUGGUUUUUGGAAACUGAUCGUCCAGCUGCUCCGACACGUGUGCAAUUAGUCCGUGCUGGUACACAAAGUCUGGAAGUCACAUGGGGUUCAGUUCCUACAGCAGAUGCUUAUAUCUUACAGAUUCAGAAAUAUGACGUUUCUCCUUCUACAGCUUCAACUCAAUCUUUGACAUCUCCACCAGCUGACACAAGCCCGAUAAGCAAGGCUCCAAUAACUGUAUGUUCUAGUUCUCUGAACUUGUCAAGAACUAGCACUAUUACACAAGCUCUGGCCACUAUUCCAGCUACUGUUAAUUCAGUCCCAAUACCAACUCCCAUCAGAUUGCCUACUGUCACUGCUGUGGGUUCUGUGCUACCGAAUUCAUGCGUCACUAUGGCCGGUCAAAGAGGUCCUACUGUGGUUACACCGACGGGUUUGAAAAUCACUCCUGUGCCAGGUAGUGCAGUUACAGGACGAGCAGCAUCUAUUGCAACUGUAGCACAACACUCUGGUGGAAUCAAUCCUUAUGGUGGUGGUACUACAAUCAUUCGAAGUACAUGUCCUCCUAUUGCACCCAAGCAGCAUCUUAUCACUGUUGCUGGCAAACAAGUAGUCUCAGCAGUUUCUGUCGGUUCAAAUAAUGUUCCAAUUGUUGCAAAUAACUCUGGUGUAGUUACUUCGAAUCAAAAUCAGGUGGUGCAUAUUGUGAACAAAUCAACAGGAUUGAUUAAACCAAUUAAACUGGUCUCAACAACGACAACAACAUCGUCACAAAGUGUCCCUAAAACGAUUACUGUUCAACAGGCAUCAGCUGGAACGGCUACUACACCCGUUCCAAAAGUGAUCAAGGCUAUUCCAGCAACAAUGCUUCAAAUGUCUCCAGCCGGGAAGCCUAUUCUAAUCGCUGGUGGUGGUGUUGCUCGUCCAGGUCAGACAACUACUGUUCAAGUGUCUGGUGCAGUUCACAGACCAGCCGGCGGACAACAAAUAGUUAUCAUGAGUCCAGGUAGUACUACAGGUCAUCAAAUCAUUCGACAGGCGAAUCCAACACAAGUCACCUUAGUCCGACGUGAUCAGUAUGACGCAACAACACAUGCUAGUAGUGUUACUGGUAGUGGUUCAAACGAUGCAACUAAUACUGCGCCAACCAUUCUUCAGACUAUUCCUCAAGUAGAUGGUACAACUGAUGAUAGUCAACGUGGUGGUGGUGGUGUGGUCGGUAAGGCGAACAAUGUUAAUAAUGAUGAUGACCAUGAUGGUGAUGCUGCAUCAGCUGGUAAUACUACCGUGGAGUCAGAUUCAGUUGAAGGAAAGGUUGAGGCGAAGGAAGAUGUAAAUAGUUUACAGAAUGCUGGUGAACAUUCCACGAACAAUGCAGUUGAUCCCAAUUCCAACUCACAUACAUCGCUAGCAGCAGAGGCUGCUGCUGAACUUCUUGCGGACAUUGGUGAAGAGAAUGGUGUUUCAAAAGAAUCUGAACAAGCAGUUCAACAUUCAGAUUGUAAUAAAUCAAUUACAACGCCUAUAAAGUCUCCUACUAAAUUGGAUGGUGAAAAAGCAACGGGAGGCGGUGAUUCUGCAUUGUUUGGAGAUGGUGGUGUGCUUACUAAAGAUAAAAAGGAGGGGAGUAAUACUUCUCUUACUGAUCCUUUAGAAACUUUGGCUUUAGUCGCAGCUCAUCGUAGUGGUAGUAGUGGUGGUGGUGAUGACGAUCGUGGCGGUGGUGGGGUGCAAACACCAACUCGUGUAUUGACGACGACGGGCUUAUUAACUAAUUCUCAUCCUAUCAUAACAACUACAUCAACCAGUGGUUCUUUGAUAAAUUCUGCAACACCAAAUGCAGUGAUAAGUCGAGGUGAUAGUUCAUGGCAUGAUGUUGGUGUUAUUAAAUCGACCAGUUGUACUGUAACAAUGUAUUCUGCGUGUACAAAUGAUGCUGGUGUGCACAUGGAAGCAAUCAGUGCCCUACAAGGUCCUCAUGGGAUUGGACCCAAUGGUCUAACUACACAAGGUCCUAAAUUUCAACUUGCUCCUGGUACAGCCUAUAAAUUUCGUGUUGCAGGACUGAAUGCUUGUGGUCGUGGUCCAUGGUCAGAGAUCAGUGCAUUCAAAACAUGCCUACCAGGUUAUCCAGGUGCACCAAGUGCUAUAAAAAUAACCAAGUCUGAUAGUGGUGCACAUUUAACCUGGGAAGCACCACAGAAUACAACGGGUAAAAUUACCGAAUAUUCUGUGUAUUUAGCUGUUAAAGCACAAGCUACUGGGCAAGAUAAUAUUACUACAGAAAAUAAGUUUGGUUCAACACCAUCUGGUAUGGCAUUUGUACGAGUGUAUUGUGGUCAGUUGCCUUCAGCUACAGUGACUUCUGCAACAUUGGCCACUGCUCAUUUAGAUAUGAGCUCAAAACCGGCUGUAAUCUUCCGGAUAGCUGCACGAAAUGAAAAAGGCUAUGGACCGGCUACACAAGUCCGUUGGCUACAAGAUGUAACGAAUACAUCAGCAGCGGCAGCGGCGCCGGCAGCAACAGCAACGUCAGUUGGCAGCAACAACAACAGCAACACUCCACAACCUGUUAGUACCGCCGCCCAAGUAACAAGCGCCACUGCCUCACAACAACUUCCUAAACGGAAUUUAAGUUUAGGAGAAUCACUGGAAGGAGGAGGUUUUUCAACGCCAGUGAAACGAUUAAAAUCAGAAGAACAGUCAUAACCUACUAUUUUAUUCUAAUCUAUUUUUUAUUUUAUUUUUACUCACACAUGCAUUCACACAAUCAUCGGUCUGUUUUCUUUCCAUUGUAUUUGUAAUAUAUAUGCAGGGGGAACGGUAUUGUUGUCGCCUCCUCUCUCUUGUACUUAAUAAAUCCACUCCAUUCCCCCUGCAGGCCCCCCCCUACCCUUGGUCCCCGUCAUAUUUGCAUUUCUCAUUUACUUACAGUUGUUGUUUUAUUGGUCAUAUUAUUUUGUAUCGCUUCUUAGGCUACUUGAUUUAAUUGUAUAUGGACACACACACACACCGGGGGUGGGGCGGGCUCACAUGGUGUGCUUGUGUAUGUUUGUGUGUGCUCACGAGUAAUUGUCUCUAUUGGUGUUUAUUCUGUAAUCUCUAUCUCAGAAUAUUAUUAUUAUUAUCAUCAUUACUAUGGAUAGUCAUUUCGUUAUUAUUAUUAGUAUUAGUAUUACUAUUGUGUAUUUGUUUUGUUUGUUUGUUCAAAAAUUAUUUCGGGUUGAACAAAAACGAUUUCACCGAUUGUACAUAACCAAAUCUCUAUAGGAUUAUUAUUAUGUGUAUUGUUGACUUUGCACGCCUAUUAUUAUUACUACUAAUAUUUUUGUCUUGAGUGUGUGUGUGUGUGUGUGUGUAAAUGUUUUUGGCUUUAUACGCGCGCGCGCGCACCUACCCUCCUCCUCCUCGUCCUUGUGUGUAGUUUAUUUCCUCAGGUCAACAACAGACAAAACAGUUCAUCAUCUAUCUAAGAGAGAGAGAGAGAGAAGAUAGAAAAUGUUCUGUACACAUGCACUGUUCAUUCAUCGUUUUCUUCUUGUUGCUCGUUUAUUUUUUUGUUGUUGAGGAUACCGGCUGCCUGACUGACUGUCUGUUUGCCUUUCUCUCUCUGAUGGAUUAUCUCUGUUAUUAUUAUUAUUAUUAUUCAUCAGUCAAAUCUUUCAUUCAGUCGACAGAUUUUCACUUCAUCUAUUCCUUAUAGACACUCCAUCACUCACUCACUCACUCACUCUAAGGCGUGUUUGUGUUUCUGUGUGAAUAGGAACUGGUUUGGUGUUGAAGUUGUGUCGUGUUUCUUAAUUAAAAGGCGUUACUGUGGUCAGAUCGAGUGAAAGUCUCCAAGAUCAGUCCAGUGAACAAUCUAAUCACCAACAUCAUCAUCACCAACCUCUGUUAUUUUCAUUUACUUAUAAUUUUUUUAUUUUUAAAAAUCUUUUGUGUACAGCUUUAUUAUACUUGGCGAUUAAUAUUUUUCUUUAUUCUUAUAUAUUUAUGUUUGUGUAUUAUUUUUUAUUAUUACAAUUAUUAUUGUUACUACUUCUACUACUACUAAUAUAAGUAAUAUAUAAGAAAAUAUGUAGGUGUACACCUACAUACACAUACACAUACGUGUGUUCAUGCCGUUUGCGUCCUUCAAUUCUGCACAUAUUUAUUAUUAUUACACAAGCACUGAAAAACCAAUUCAUCCUUAUUUUUUAAUGUACAGAUUUAUUUGAUGCGAUGAAUACAAUUCUUCUUCUUCUUAUUGUUAUCCAACAGUUAGCUGGCUAAUUUUGUAUUCUAAAUAAUCAAUCCUGUCUGUCUGUCACUCUGGAUUCAACAUAGAACUUGUCACCGAAGUGCACCAGUUCCAGUUGCCACGUUCCAAAUAGCACAGAGGUAGGCAAGGAGGUGAGUGAAGAGAAUCAAUAGAGUUUGACAAGUAUAAGAGUGAAACAGAAUGGGUGAUGGUAGAAAGGAAUAUGAAAGAUUACAGAGACUGAAUACAUCUGCGCUGGCUAUUGACAACGAUUUUGAGCUAUGUCACCUAUCGUCUCCAGCCAAUGAUUCCUAGAGUCCCGAGGGCCCCAACCCGGAAGUCUGCAUCUCCCUACCUGACCGACUCAGUUUAACUGUCAAGGAUUUCAUGGAUUGAUGAGGCCAUGUUUUUGUUUGGCCACCACUGGCU